UUCUCUUGGCUUCAAUUGUUGUUUGUGUUUGUGUUUGAAUAGAUGAAUGAUUUAUCACAAAAUUAAACCCGGUAGUAAUCUUCAGUUAUUUUAAUAUAUAUAAAAAAAAUCCAAUUACAUAAUUCAAUGCCUCAACGUCACUGCUAGAAGCAGGUACAUUAUACUAUGUAUUGAGCUGGAACAUAUAUUUAACGAAAUUUUGAUUUUAGUUUGUGACAAGUGUAAAUUUGUUUGAAUAUGGCAGGACGAUCACAGCACGGAGACAAUCCUUCUUCGUACUUUUCUGCAGACUUAGGUCGUUCCGGAGUUUAUGACAGUGUUAAUGGAACACCUUUCAAUUUUUCACAGAGAGGGGAUAACCCAAAUGAUUUGAGGAACACUGAAGGCAUUUCGGAAACCGCACGUGAGAGUGGACUUUAUGCCAGUCGAAUUGGAUCAAUUAAACAACCAAUAGAAGAUUAUUCAAAAGAAACGUUAGGUUCUACUGACAAUUUUCACAGGCAAAAUUGGGACCAAUCAUUUGAAGAAGGAAAUAGAACGCCAGAGAGUGGAACAUAUUCUAGGAAUAUUGAAUCCCAACAGCAUGGUAUGGAUUAUAAAGAAAAUGACGAUAUAACAAGAAGUUCGACGUUUGACAAUACUAGAGAUAGUGGCCUAUAUAGUCGGAACAUUGGAUCUUUUAGAGAAACAACACCCGACAAAGAUGUGGCGACUCCUUUUCCAGAAAAUUCCGGCCUAGACAACCAACGUCAAUCUAGUAAAAAAAUUAAACCAAAUAAAUAUACAGGAAAUACUUUAGAGACAAUGUUAGAAGGAGAGGAUGAAUCCAAACAGCCAGAUCAUUAUCAUUCAACAUUUUUUUCUUAGUCUCGGAAAGUAUCAGAUACGAGAAGAAAUACUGAUUAUGAUGGACAUUCAAACGCUAGUUUUCAAGAUGAUAAAGAGAUUCCUACGUGGACGGACAUGAUGUUCGACCGACAAUUUACAGACGAAUAUAUAAAGAAAAAGUGGCCAAAGAUUACAUUACCAUUGGCCAACACUCGAAAAAAUGAUCCUUUCGUUCCUGGAAUAGUCGACGAAGGUAGUAUUACUAUCGAUGAAAAAAGCGGAACGCAUGAUCACAAAGUUCGGAACACUUUAUGUGUUAUUGGACUUGGUACAUUGUUAUUAUGUCUGGUUGGAGCAGCAAUCAUUACCAUAGCAUUAUUAGCAGAUCAGAGAACAGAUAAGACUGACUAUGUGAAAGUCAACAUGACGGUUGCAAUUAACCAGACUUUUACACCAGAGUUAAACGAUACAGAAUCAACGGAAUAUAAGACAUUCGCAACCAAAUUUUGCAGUGAGAUGGAAAAUGUAUACGCAAGUAAAAGUAGCUCGGUAGAUGGUUAUUUUGGAUGUAAAGUCAUUCAACUUACGGAUGGGAGCAUCAUUGUGAACUACGUUAUAUACUUCAUUAGUACGACGAAUCAGCAGGUCACUACAGACACUAUUUCGACAACACUGAUUACACAUUUAACUGUUUCCGGUACCCAGUUAGGAAGCUUAGUUGUCAUAACAAGUACAAUAAUUGUUCAUGACGUGGCAACUGAAACACUAGAAUCCCCACCAGCUGUUGACAAAAUAGCAACCACAACAACCAUAAAAUCAACUAUUGAAACAACAACGAAAGAAAAUGUGCCAUCAACAGAGACUACACCGGCUUCUGAAACUGUUCAACAAACAGAAGCAACAACGUUGAAAACUAUGCAAUCAACAGCGGAAACGACUAGCCUCACAAUCUCAUCAACAAAAGAGACAACACCAAACACACAGUCAACAACGGAAAUAUCUACCCCUUUCAUCUCGUCAACAGAAGAGACAACGCCAAAAAAUAUGCAGUCAACAACGGACAAUUCAACACCCACAAUCACAUCAACAGGAGAUACUACAUCAAAAACUAUGCAAUCAACAACGGAAACAACGACCCGAUUAAUCACAUCACCAGGAGAGACCACACCAAAAACUGUGCAGUCAACAACGGAAACUACUACUCCCUCAAUCUCGUCAACAGCUGAUACAACACCAAAAACUGUGCAGUCGACAACGGAAACUACCACUCCUUCAAUUUCGUCAACAGACGAGACAACACAAAAAAACAUGCAAUCAACAACGAAAACAGCAACCCCCACAAUGUCGUCAACAGAGAAGACAACACCAAAAACAAUACAAUCAACAACGGACACUACAACCCCCUUAAUCACGGCAGCAGAUGAGACAACACCAAAAAAUAUGCAGUCAACAACGGAAACUACAAACCCCUCAAUCUUGUCAACAGAUGAUACAACACCCAAAAAUAUGCAAUCAACAACAAAAACUACUACCCCCUCAAUCUCGUCAACAGAAAAAACAACGCCCAAAAUCAUGCAGUCAACAACGGAAUCUACAAACCCCUCAAUCUUGUCAACAGAUGAGACAACACCCAAAAAUAUGCAAUCAACAACAAAAACUACUACCCCCUCAAUCUCGUCAACAGAAAAAACAACACCAAAAUCUAUGCAAUCAAAAAUCUCUACACCCUCAAUCUCACCAACAGAAGAGAUUCCGCAAAACACUAUGCAAUCAACAAAGGAAACGACUAUAUCAUCAAUCUCAACAACACUAGAACCGAUGACUAAUCCAUCAACUGACCAAGUGUCAGAAGAAACAACAACUCAACAAACAACUUUCAAAAUAACAGAAGGUACUUCAACCACAACAAAAGAAAGCACACAAGCAGAGACUUCAACGACACAAGAAAAAAUAUCCAAUAAGGAUGCUACGAUAACCACACCAGUAAUAGUGACUUCGCCAUCUAUUGCUUCCACACUAAAGGAUACCUCAAAAUCUUCAACAACUUAUAAAACACCAGAAAUGACCACAUCAUCAGUUACUGCCAAACCGGCAGAUGAAUCAACUACGUCAGUUGCUACUAUGUUGAACGACAAAACAACGACAACAUCAAUUACACAAUCAACAACAAAAACUGUAACUGUUACAGAUUAUGUUACACCUACAACGAUUGACGUUACAACUAGGACAACACAUAAACCAUUUCUGUCAGAAACAACAUCGGCGGUAUCUUCAGCCAAAACGGAAGUACAAUCAACUAUUACACAAAACAAAGAAACCACAACUUUUAUUGCGAUGACAGAUCAAACGUAUGCAUCAGUAAAGGUUUCAACUAUGGACGACACAACAUCGAGAAGUACAGCACUUCCAGAAGACAUGACAUCAACUACAACUCAAGAUGAAACGACCGUAUCGACAAGUAGAAUGGAUACGUCUAGUGAUAAAACAUCAUCAGUGGAGACAACAACAUCAGAAGUCCCUUCAUCAAAAGAAACAACAGCAACAUUAGGCAAUGUUCCAACAUUAACGCCUGCUUAUGGCCCAUCUUCAGAUGGUACAUCGACUUCGCUUACGCCCUCUUCAGUCGAAUUAAACUGUACAGAUACAGUAGAGGCGGACCUGUAUUCUGGACCUGUAACUAUGGAAUGUACCAUAAAAAAAUCGGAGGAGUUUGAAUAUAUUGGAAUUUCUUAUGAAAAUGGGAUUGCCAAUAUGAUAUAUGGAGUUUUGGUUUAUAAAAAUGGAACUAUAUUCAAAACAGAUAAGGAAAAUCAGUAUAUAAGCAUUAACAUCGAAAGUACAUCAACAAUAAAGCUAAUAAUAACGUUUAUUAAUGUGACUUGUACAAUGGAUGGCUCUUACAAAGUAGCUUUGAUAAGUAAUAUUUCGGGUGAAAUGGAUGAAGUAAUUGGAGGGAAUGUAUUGCUGAAAAUAAGAAGUCCAGCUGGAAAACCCACAUUAACUCUGAACGCCGACCAAGUUAUUGACCUUGUCUUUCCUGAUGGAAAUUAUUAUCGGAGCACUGGAACUCAUACAUGUGAAGGACUUAUUGGCGAACCUCCUGCUAGACUAGAAAUAGACAUAACAUAUGAUAAUGGAACGAGCUUUAAACAAAUUCCCAAUUCAAGUAUAGAUUUAUCCCGAACCAAUACUUCGGAUGAAUGCAGCACCAAAGAAACUAUAUCAUUUGGUUUAAAGUUCUCAUUAGACAUGGAUGGUGCCAGAUUGAGAUGUCGAGUCUCAGAUAGUAGCACUGAUUUCACAUUAAGCGACGAAUUAAGUUUAAUUCCGAGAAAUAUAUGUAGCUGUGGUGUAAGUGACAGUUAUCGAGGACACCCAAGCAACUGUAAAGUGCAGGUUUAUUGUGUCGAAGAUAAAGGCGUAAUGUAUGCAAGAGGUAUUGCGUGUACAUCAAACCAGUGUCGAAACAGUAUAACAGGAGUUUGUGAUACUGACUGUUCUGAUACAGUGUGUAAUGAAACAGUUCCAUCAGACUUUUGUACAACUCCUGCACCGCCGACAACAACACCCGCUCCUUCUCCUUAUAUUGUUUGUACUGAUACCAUUGCUUUAAUAAAUUCUGGAUCAGCUGUGAUUACAUGUUAUCUCAACGACACAGCUACGUUUACGGUUAUGAACGUAACGUACUUAAAUUUGGGAGCAACUGAUGUUCAGCAAAUAGCAUUAAUUGAUGACAGUAAUAGUAUCACAAUGUUCGCAAUGGAAGAUAUUGUAUCUAUUAGUAUGUCAAAUAACAUUAUCAACAUCACAAUAUUGAACCCAUCAUGUACAAACGAGGGAACAUUUGCUGUAGUUACAGAUAUAAAUGGGGAGUCAGUAAAGGAUCACGGAAAAUUAAGCGUGAUAAGUAAACCAAAUGGAGAUGCAACCUUGCAACUACAUCCGGAUCAAAUAGCAGGACUUGGGAGUUAUAGAACUUGGUUACUUCAUUCUUGCAUAAUUAACGUUGGAUAUCCACCAGGUGAAAUAAGUAUUGAAAUGAUGAAACAAGAUGAUGCGGGAUUUACCAAGUUGAAUGUACACUUUCAUACUUCAAAUGACGACCUUGACAAUACGACAUGUUCUAUAACCCGAACAGUUAAAUUUGGUUUUGUUUUUACAGCUGAUAUGGACAAGGCUACGAUGCGAUGUAGUGUUACGCAUGAUUUGUUUCCUGAAGACCCUUUUGUUUACUCGAACAAUGAAACAGUUUCCCUUAUUCCUAUUGACUUUUGCAAGAACAAUACUGACUCACAAAGUUAUCAUCCACAUCAAACAAAUUGUCAUAGUUUUAUUCAAUGUGAAGGAGACGUAACAUAUGGCCAACCAUGUCCAUCAAGUCUGUGUUUUGGAGUAACUGAAACAAAUGGAUGUAACUUCUGUGAUCAAGCUAUAUGUCCAGCAGAUAUAACUACAACACCAGUACCUGAAAGCAGUACUUUCGCAUCUUCAAUUGAAGAAACUACUACACCAGAACCUAUGUCUUUAAUUGAUGUGUUCUGUAAUAGUUCAACAGUCACAUGGAACUCCGGACCCGUUGAUAUGGUAUGCAAAUUAAACACUACCGAUUUUAACGUUUUAAAUGUAACGUUCAGGUCACCAAGACAAGCCAUUCCUACUGUUAUUUCGCAGAUUCAGAGUAAUGGAAAUAUUAAUGAUUUGAUCCAAGAUGAUGGUGUAACCGUUAGCCAUGUAGGUCAGCUUGUUACUAUUUCAAUACUUAAUGCUUCAUGUUCAAGUGGUGAUUUCUAUGGUCUGGUGGCAGUAGAUAUACACGGGAAAGCCGAAGGACAAGCAGAAGGGAAGCUUAUUGUAGGAAGCAUACCUAACGACGCAGUUCUUACACUACAUCCAGAUCAAAACGCUGAUUUGGCAUAUAGAAGAUGGCUUCUCCAUUAUUGUGAGGCUGAUGUUGGUUAUCCGCCUGGGGAAAUACAAAUUGAAAUUCUUAAUCAAGGAGAAGCUGAAUUUACAGUUUUAAAUGUCGAUAUCGUAACCAGUAAUGAUAACAUUGGCUCGUGUUCUUUAACAAAGAAAGUAGAGUUUGGAAUAGACUUCACCGCUAAUAUGGACAAAGCUACAAUUCGAUGCAGUGUAAAAUCUACUUUGUAUCCUGAAAACCCAGUUAUUUACUCUAACAAUGACACCGUUUCCCUAAUUCCAAGUGAUUUUUGCGAAGGCCAUAAUGCUAGCUACAAUCCUCAUCCAACAAACUGUAAUUAUUACAUCCAAUGCCUAGGCGAUAUUGAAUAUGGUAAAAAAUGUCAAACCAGUCUCUGUUUCGGAAUUACCCAAACGGAAGGAUGUGACCACUGUUUUAAUGCAGUUUGUCCAUCAGAUAUAACUACGACAGCUAAACCCGAAACCACUGUACCUGUACCAUCUAUUGAUGUUUCCUGUACUGAUUCGUCCGUUUUGCUGAAUUCUGGACCAACAGAUAUUGUUUGUGUAGUUAACACAACUUCGUUUUCUAUGAUAAAUGUGACAUUUACAAAAUCAUCUGGAGUUGAUCCCUCGCUAAUUUCACGGAUUGAAGGUGAUGGUAGAGUCAUAUAUACAAAUUUUAGUGAUCAUAUUGUCGUUCAAUAUAUAUCUUCAACAGUUACUAUAACUAUCCAGAAUGUAUCUUGUCCAUAUGAGGGUUUUUACGGGGUUGCAGUUGACAGUGGUAACGGUUUGACAGGUAGAAAAGAGGGGGAAUUAUCAGUAACAGCAAAACCAAGUGGACCUUUGGACUUCAAACUUCACCCUGAGCAGAUUGCUGGCCUCAAUACCGUUAGAUCAACCAAAUUACAUUCGUGUACUGGUGGUGUCGGCAAUCCGGGAGGUAAAAUUGGCGUUGAAAUACUUCUUGAUGGAGACGAUAACUUUCAAACGUACGAGCCUAGUUUUAAAUCCAUAACAGACACUCAUGAAAAUUGCACCAUAACUCGGGAAUUCAAGUUUUGGAUUGCCUUUACAGCUGCAAUGAACAACGCAACCAUUAAAUGCAAGAUAACAAAUGACAAAUACCAAACCGACCCGCCUAUCAAUUCUAAGAACGAAACGCUCGCACUUGUUCCACAUGAUUUCUGCAACAGGAAUUAUAAUGGAACCAAUAGAUACCAUCAUCCUACUGACUGCAACAGAUAUGUGACUUGUGUAGAGAAAGUCGGCUAUGUUCAGGCUUGCAAACAAUCUUUAUGUUUUGAUCCUACUAUAGGAGCUUGCAACUUUUGCGAAACAGUUAAUAGCUGUCCAUAAUUUCUCGUUUUGUUUGUAUGUUUAUUCAUCUAUUUAAUCACUAUAUCAUUAUCAUUUCUGAUUAAUGUAUUAGAAAAGAGUAAGUACGAUAAGGACCCUAUUUGACCUUGAGUAUUAAGUCCAUUGUUUCAAGUUGAUGAAUGAAAAAAGGAAGAAAGUAAAUUCAAGAAUAGAGAUUUUGAAAAAAGAUGACAAAAAAGAUGACAAAUAUAGUUUGGAGUUCAACAACAUUCAGCCCUAGAAAACACACAGAGAGCUCAAGGCUCGACAAACUCAACAUCCAAGCCAGGGGCCUGGUUUUCGAAAGUAUCCUAAGAUAUUUCAUAAAAUAUAUCUUAGAACGAAUUUUACGACCAUAGUAUGGCUAUCAUAUGAUAUAUCAUAGAAUGUAAAUCAAAGCUGUCCUAAGAUAGUAAUAGCUAUGUUGCUCUUAUGACUGUCAUGAGUGGACAUAUUUUCUUUUAUUUUGAAUAAUGAUUGAAAAUAUUAAAAUCAACUAUAAAAGUUAUAAGUAUUAUUAUCAUUCUUAUUAUUCACGAAUAUUAAUUUUUUUCAUUAUGAAGAACAUGACAUUAUAUAUGAAAAGGAAUCAAAAUCUGAGUUGAUGAAUUGUUUAAAUUUUGUUUGUAUAUAUAUAUAUAUAUAAUAAAUUUUAGAACUUCA